AUGCCCCAGUGGACUCCAGAGCACAACGUCCAUGUAUGGACAAGAGCAUACUUACUGAACUAUAUCUAUCAGUCAGAGCGCAACCGGGCUACAAAUACAAAGAACAGGAUCAACACAAGAUUAAGAAAUUCAGUUGUACCAACAGAUUCAAAAUGGGAAUCACUACUCACUCCGCGUGAGGAAGACCUAGAGCACGAACAAGAAGCCUUCAAAGAGUCACUGGCAGACCUCCUAGAAACCAACGCGAAUAUACCUCGUGACGUACAUUGCAACCUACUAGGCUCUAAAGUCACAGUACCUGCAAAUGAAAAUAAUGUCAGACAAAUGAGGCACGCCAAAGUAAACUUUGUACCACAUAAGUAUAUCCUACAAACGGAUGAAAAUGUGAAGAGGUGGCUUACAGACGGUCACAUACAAACGAACGACGCCGACAACGGUGAACUUACCCUUGCUAUCUACAGGGGAGCAUGA